AUGGGCAUUACUAAGAAGAAUCCGAACUGUGCCGUCGUGGGCAUCGAUAUCGAAAAAGUACGCCCGCCGUACUCAGUACCCAACUGCCAAUUCAAGGUCAUGGACGCCACAGCCGACUGGACUCUCGACAAGCAGUUCGACUAUAUCCAUGUCCGUAUGCUCGGCGAUGUGGUGGACAAGGAGAAGUUUAUUCAGUCAAUCUACGACCAUUUGAAUCCUGGCGGCUGGGUCGAGUUCACCGAGUGGAUUGCCGUCCUCCAGUCUCCAGAUCGUUCUCUAGAGGGUAGCUCGUUCCAAAAGUGGAAUUCGCUCCUUGGCCAGGGUCUCAAAAAUAUGGGCCGCGACCUUGAGUACCCCAAGGAAUAUCAACAGCUGUUGGAGAAGGCCGGGUUCGAGAGGAUGAAACUAACGAAGCACGCUGCACCCACGAAUCCGUGUUAUCCGGGCAAAAAGUGCCAGAGAUUCGGCGCGAUGAUGAUCACAAAUUGGAACGCCAUCAUUGAACCACUCAGCGUUCCUGUCUUCACCAUCGGCCUUGGUUGGUCCGAGAGUCAGGUCCAAAUGCUGUUGAAGAAGGUCCGUAAAGAGAUUGCGGACACCAACUACCAUUCAUUCAUGACACUGUGA